AUGCCAACAAGAUUGCUCAUUAAAUAUUUUCUGAGGGUUGAUGCUGACGGACUCUUUCACACAUAUCCUCGUCGAGGCGGCCCGUUUAAGAGCUUGAAAGAAGCUCAGGAUGCUAUAGACUCCCAUCACACUAAUCUGUGUAAAUUCAAGUACAUGGGGGAUCUUUCAGAGGAGGAUAUCCAUGUGUGGCAGACCCUGUACUGGCCUAAUGGUACAAGGAUGAAUUCCAAACAAGCUUUGGAUGUGAUGAUCAACCGUCGCCCCAAAUGGGAUGUGCUUAAUGCUUUACUGGACAAGUACAAUGAGGACCAUCAUCUUUUUGGGGAUUUUGCAUAUGAACUGAAGGAAAUUGUGAGUUACAAACCACAUUUUCAGGGGAAAAACUCUCCAUACAAAUGCAGAUCAUUCUCUCAUUUAAAUUUGAUUGUCAAGAGUGGGUCGAGUGCCGUCGGCGAUCUUUUCUUCGCUGAAAUUACAUGUAUGAAGGAUGGGGAAUUGGAGGUAUAUGUGCUCAGCUGUAUAUGUGUUGUUACGCCAGAAGCUAACGGUGAGUGCUGUGGAUGUGGAGAUGAUGUAAAGCACCCCACUGGUGUCGAGUACAAAAAGCGAGACAAGUUGCCUGUUCGGCGCAAUGGUUGUGGGCGAAUGUCAGAAGAAUUAUUCGAUGAGUUUAUUGUUGUUCGUGAUGAGGAUUGGCUGGAUGCGGAGGAGGCCAGGGUGAGACGAGAGUUUAGGAUGAGCAACAAAGGAGAUGGCCAGGGAAUGAGGGGCAGAUACGUCAUACCGGCAAAACGGUAG